AUGGCCGAUCCUACCGCCACCGCCGUCGCUGCCGAGACCAAACACGAAGCCGAUCCCCCCGUCGAUAACAACACAGUCAAACCGGAGGGCAAGUCGGCGGUUUCCGUCUCUGAAACUGCUCCCAAGAAAACCUCUUGCAAGAAACAUCCCGCCAAGGACUCAGACCGUGCUCGAGAUUCCAAGAAAAAAUCCCACAAAUCCAAUAAAGCCUCAUCCAUUGUCACUCCCAGUGACGAUAGCUCGUCGGAGUCCAGCUCCGACGAUGACGACGCUGAGAGUGAUAGUGAUUCCGAGGAUGAGGACGAGGAGUCUCUGUCCGCAGAAUCCGAGUCGGAGCCAGAUCGGAAGCACAGACGGAGGCGGAUAAAGAAUCGAUCGAGGCGGGCGCUAAAGGGCGGCCGGAAGAAGAAGACGCGGUCGCAUUAUCAGGACGAAUCGGAUUUCGAGGAAGAGGAUGAGGAUGAUGAAGAUCCCUCGUCGCUGGAUGAGAAGACGCUGAAGAAGCUGGUCUCGAAGCUCAAGGCCCGCAAGGCUAAGAAGGUGCGCCAAGACGAGUCUUCCGAGGAUCCGCUCGAAGAAGAGGAUGAGGAUGAGACCGAUCUGGACGACACGGCGCUUUCCCUGGCCAAGGAGAAGCUGGCAGCUCUGCGACUCAAGCAGGGCGGUAGGCGCCGGGGCAAGCACCGCUCAAGACGAGUGUCUGACGGUCUGAACGACGGCCAGAAGGGCUCCCAUCGGUCCAAGGGUCGGAAGAAGGCGGCCUCGAAGAUCGCUUUCAAAAGGGUUGAUCAAUUAUGGGACAAUACAAUACACAACUUCAAGCUGACCGAGACCAUCGAUGACCCGGGGGCCAACGAGUGGGACCAGUAUCUGUUUACAGUGCGCCGCAAAUUUGACUGGGAUAACAAAUACCUCGAGACGGUGGUAGAUAUCAAGAGUAAACACCUCCGUGAUGCGCUGGCAAAGGUCAUGGACGGCGUCAAAGGAGUCAGCCUGGUUCAGGAGACUGCGGUUGUCGAUCCGAACAUGCUCUUCCUCUACCUGGAAGAGACCCGCCAGUACAUGAGGGAGCUGAGGCAGCAGGCCACGACGGAGAGGAAGAAGAAGGCCAGAAACGCAGCCAGUCUCAAGGCGCAGCAUCUCAAGGUCUUGCUGAAAUAUCUGGACACGGACUAUGCGGAGACCAAAAAGACCCUUUACCCCUUGCUGGAGGCCAAUAUGAUCACCUUUGAGCUGCUCUGGGCCUUGUUCAAACCGAACACCAUUGCCUACACUCCUACCUAUGGCAACCAGGACGAGCCGCGCGCGUUCAAGAUUGAAUAUGCCUCCAAGGAGUCGUCGUUCAUGAAAGGUCAAUGGUACAGCGUCGAGGGGCGCUACCUGGAGUACGAUGGCAAGACCUUUGGCAUGGGCACCAUGGCGGCCGAUGUAGAGAGCUUCAAGGGCGCCCGAAAGAUUACCAGUCUUGGCUGUUACCCUCUGAAAUACCACCGCGAAGCCGAAGACGUCCAGGCCAAACUGAUCGAGCGCGGCAAGAAGUUUGUGGCUCUUCGGGGCAUGAAAUACCGCUACCACAAGGGCAUGGCUUUCUAUAAGAAGAAGCGCACCGUGAUCAAAGUCAAUAUCAACGGGCGCGUGAUGAUUGAUCCGGCUAUCCAUCGCCGCAUCAACCCUAAUUACCCCAUCAGCACCGUGCGCCCCAAGGAUCCUGACUAUCUGGAUGGCGACGACGAUGACGGCAGCGAAGCGUGCUGCUGCCCGAUGUCAGACUCGGACUCAGAAGAGCCCUACGCCCACCGCAGAGACUCUGACGCCCCGCAGGUGCGCUACAAGGUGAUUCGCGACAAGGAGGGCACGCCGCACGUGGUCGAGGUGGAAUUGGAUGAGAACGGCAACGAGAUUCUGAAGGAAGAUAUGGACCAGGUCGAGGACAUGGACCGGGAGUUCACGGAAGAGGAGCUUCUCAUUGCCAGUCCCGUGGUCCUAGGGUUCGCCUUCAGCGAGAAAUUGUGGCUCGAAUUUAGCAUCUCAGGGAUCAGCGACAUCGACUGGAACGAGGAUGCCUUCGACUCGCUCGUGUUGCCGGACAACCAGAAAUCCAUCGUCAAGGCCCUGGUGGAAUCGCACACCUUCUGUGCAGCGCAGAAUAUCGACGACGUGAUCCAGGGCAAGGGCAAGGGCCUUGUAGCCGUGCUGCAUGGUCCCCCGGGCACUGGAAAGACCCUCACCGCAGAGGGCAUCGCCGAGCUGCUCAAGCGGCCGCUUUACAUGGUCAGCGCCGGUGAACUGGGCACCGAUUCUCGCACCCUGGAAGGCGAACUGAACAAGAUCCUGGAUAUCGCUCACUCCUGGGGCGCCGUGCUGCUGCUGGACGAGGCUGAUAUCUUCCUGGAGAAGCGCACCAUCCAGGACAUCCACCGCAACGCGCUGGUCAGCAUCUUCUUGCGUCUACUCGAGUACUUCCAGGGUAUCCUCUUCCUGACGACCAACCGCGUGGAGACCUUCGACGACGCCUUUCAGUCCCGUAUCCACGUUGCUCUGCGGUACGGCGACCUCCCCACCAAAGCCAAGCGCAGUGUCUGGAUGUUAUUCCUGGAACGAGUGCAGGCCAUGGAGGGUGUCGAGACCGCCAAAUUCACCGACAAGGACUAUGAUGCGCUGUCUCGUCACAAUCUUAACGGCCGACAAAUCAAAAACUCCGUGCGCACUGCGCAGGCCCUCGCUGUCAAUGAAGGUACUCCCCUCUCGAUGGAACAUAUCAAACGUGUUCUCGAAGUCGCCGAGACAUUUGAUCAUGACCUUCGCGGCGGAAUGGGCUACAUUGACGCGAUGAGAAGUUACACGUAG